CAUCUACAGUUUCCACAGUGCUCAGUCCCCUCCUCCUCUCUCUUCUCCCUCCUCCUCCCCCAUCUUUGCCCCAUCUCUUUCUCUCUGCCGCCCACCCCGUGCGCGCCUGUGCGCGCGCCCAUGUUGGUGCGUUCUUUUUCAUUUCUACCAUUAGGAAACCCUCUCAGAGCCACUGUGAACUCAGAAGAGGCUCAGGUCUAAUUUCCCACGGAUUCCUGACUCUCCGGAAACAUUUAUCUCAUAUACAUAGGAGGGUAUUAUGCGGGAGAGACCGUUGAUCCCUAAGAAAUGAGAUAUGGAGGAAAAGCGGCAAGGCUGGAAGUCCUGGAAGAGGCCUUAGCAGGAUCUGGGGUCGGCCACAGGGUCCUAGCAACCACGCGUCAGCACCGGAGGGAAUGGACAGCGUCUCCCAGCUGGGCCGCAGCCUCGGGGACCCAGCUGUGCUGCUGCCUCUUCCUCCACGGCUGUCCUAGCUUCCACUGCCAUGGACAAGAGGAGAUCUUGGGAGCUAAAAGGCGGUGCCUCCAGUCCCCUUUCUUGAUGAAUGAAACCUCUUCAUCCUCCUGUCAGUUAUAGAAAUCCGGCUCCACAGACUUUAAACUCUGGGUAGCAACUUCAAAACUUAAUUUUCUGUACCGGUCUGGAAGGAAUGCAAGCAGAAGAGUAGAGGUGAAGUUUUUAGAAGCACAAAGGAACCAUGAGGGCUGCAGUACGAGCUGAAAUGCUCAAAGGCCCACAGUUCUUUACAUAAGAACUUCCCUGACUGGAUUGCAGCUGUUGUGAAGACAGCUUUGUGAGAGGUUGGAAAUCCUAAACUCCAACAUUAGAGAAGCUGAAAAGAUUUCAAUUCCUCUGCUCAUAAGUCUUCAUCUGUCCUCUCAGAUCUCCAAUCAACUGAAGACUGAAAUCUGUUCCAAAUGUGCCUUCCCUGGGUGCUUCUGAUGGGAUUUAUGACUAGCCUGAGCCUCCGUGUCCCAGUCUGCUACAAAUCAGCUAGCCACAGAUGGUCCUUCAGAACCUGCUUCUAGUGUGCUCUCCAGGAUGCCGAGAUUGCCCAAGAAGUAACCCUGCAAAGGAUAGAUAUCAUUCUAUCUAAAUUCAAGUGUGGAAUCUUACUGGCCAAUGACUCCAAAAGGAAAAACAAAUCUGCACUCAACCUUUCAUUUUACAGCUCUCUGUGACAGACCACAACUUCAUAGUGCCACAGCACAUGGAUUUCAGAAGUACCUGUGAGGAGACAAAGACAGGAGUUUGCUUGCUACAAGAUGAUAAUCAGGAACCUUUUAAAGUCCGGUUGCAUCUUGCCAGAGACCUUCUGAUGCUACAGGAGCAAGAUGUGCUGUGUGUUUCUGGUGAGCCUUUCUAUUCUGGUGAAAGAACGGUGAUGAUCAGAAGGCAGACAGUAGGAGGAUUUGGUUUAAGUAUAAAGGGAGGUGCAGAACAUAAUAUUCCAGUUGUCAUUUCCAAAAUCUCCAAGGAGCAAAGAGCGGAGCUGUCAGGACUGCUUUUCAUUGGAGAUGCAAUUCUACAGAUAAAUGGAAUUAAUGUGAGGAAAUACAGACAUGAAGAAGUGGUUCAGGUGCUUCGGAAUGCCGGGGAAGAAGUGACCCUGACAGUGUCAUUUUUAAAAAGAGCACCUGCUUUCCUCAAACUCCCACUGAAUGAAGACUGUGCAUGUGCUCCAAGUGACCAAAGCAGUGGUACCUCUUCUCCUCUUUGUGACAGUGGUUUGCACCUCAACUAUCAUCCAAACAAUACAGACACACUUUCCUGUUCAUCAUGGCCAACAUCUCCAGGCCUCCGGUGGGAAAAGCGAUGGUGUGACCUCAGGCUCAUUCCGCUACUGCAUGCCCGCUUCUCCCAGUACCUUCCCGGGACUGACCUGAGUCGGCAGAAUGCUUUCCAAGUUGUUGCUGUGGAUGGAGUCUGCAGUGGAAUUAUUCAAUGCCUCUCUGCUGAAGACUGCAUGGAUUGGUUGCAAGCAUUAGCAGCUAAUAUUUCAAACCUCACAAAGCACAAUAUCAAAAAAAUCAACAGAAACUUCCCUGUAAACCAGCAGAUAGUCUACAUGGGUUGGUGCGAAGCACGGGAGCAGGAAUCCCUCCAGGAUCGUGUGUACACACCUGUCUUUCUUGCCCUGAGGGGCUCCUGUCUUUACAGAUUCCCAUCACCUCCAGUGACCACCUGGGACUGGACACGCGCAGAGAAAACUUUCUCUAUUUGUGAGAUCAUGUGCAAGGUUCUCAAGGACAGUGACCUGCUGGAUCGGCGGAAAUAUUGCUUUACUAUGCAGUCUGAGUGUGGGGAGGACUUCUACUUCUCUGUGGAGUUAGAGAGUGACCUUGCCCAAUGGGAACGAGCCUUCCAAACGGCCACCUUCCUAGAAGUGGAGAGGAUACAGUGUAAGACCUAUGCAUGUGUGCUGGAGAGUCACCUAAUGGGUCUCACUAUUGACUUCGGCACUGGCUUCAUCUGCUAUGAUGCGGCAACAAAGGUAGCUGUACUUUGGAGGUUUAAAUUUUCUCAGCUUAAAGGUUCAUCUGAUGACGGCAAAAGCAAAAUAAAAUUUUUGUUUCAGAAUCCAGAUACUAAACAAAUUGAAGCAAAGGAGUUGGAGUUUUCUAAUUUAUUUGCUGUCCUUCACUGUAUUCAUUCAUUUUUUGCUGCCAAAGUAGCUUGUUUAGACCCUCUGUUUUUAGGUAAUCAGGCUGCUGCUUCUGCUGCUGGCAGCUCUGCUCCUACAAGCAAAGCAAAGCACAUGGCUUGACAUCUUGAGUUCUGCCUGACAGUCUCUAGGCUCACUCCUCACUUUCACCCAGGAGAGACCAUGCUGUCACCAAGUCAACAGUGAAGUAAAACUGCAACUGCAGCACGGGAAAGGUCAGGAGGUAUCAGCAGCCUGUCUCACCCUAGCAGGCAUCUACAAACGGCCCUCCAUGGGCAGAGACGCCUAUUCUUUCUCUUCUGAUAUUUAUCAGGACACAUCUGUCACCAUGUAUGGUGAUGAACUAUUGGUGUAAACAGUGUAAAUAAUACAAAAAUUGUAAUCUAUCUAUAAAUAAAAAUACUAAUUAAAUGGUUAUUUCUCUAUUUUAGAUUAUUUUGUAUUGCAAAUGCAUAUUAGGCCAGAUCAUGAACCAAUGUUAUAUCAUUGUAUUAUGAGUGUAAAUAAGUUUAAAAAUGAAAGCAGAGCAAGUAGCAUGUAAAAAUAAUAAUAUUAAAAAAUAAAUACCUGAAAGAAGAAGUACCUUAACAUACUCACAUGAGUUACUCUCGAAAUUUCCAUCAUGAGGUUCCACAUGAGCACUCCAGUUGUGUUUAUCUGAUUUUAAAUAUUCUGCAGAAUAAAGCCAAUUACAUAUUCAUUAAAGUAAACAUAUGGCAAACUAUUUUCAUAAUCAUUAGAAAUAUCAAUUCAUUUUGUAAAAGGUUAUGUGAAAUCUUAUUAGGAGAAGUGAAAAGUGUACGGUUGGAUCUAAGAUGCCUUUCCAGAAAAACAGAAAAAAAUUAAUAAUAAAGGUUUAUAUAUUCUGCUCUUACAACAA